UGGCAAAGUAGCGCCAAAUACGGUCUUUGCGUUACGUACUGUAGAAUAUGGAUAGACCAUAGCCACACCGCUAAUCACCCAGUGUAAAAAGUGUAGACAUGAGUGUCCAAUCUUUUCAAUUGUCUGAAUUAGAGGAAAAAGCUCGUGCAAGUGCACUGAAAAGAGUUUCUGAUCAUUUUCAAAAGCCAGAACAACUGGAUAAGAUAGAUAUUAUUAAAUCUAGAUUUCUAAAUCAAAAGACUGCCACAGAAGCUCAGUUAAAAAUGGCUUUAUAUAGCCAGUUAGACGGCAGUAAAGUCGGUUUGGAAAAACUGGAUACUGCCCUCGCUGAAUCACAAACAUGUAGGAACAGACUCAUCCAACUGGGAUCUUCUUUGUCUGGUUUGUCCGGCUUAUCGCAGCAGUUGCAUGAGUUAAAAAAUCUUUCAACUAAAUACAGUCAACUUGGUGCUGCUAUGGAAAAUAUGAGUUAUCUUGUGAAGGCCCCUGAAACAUUUGAACAGGCUCGAACGUAUCUGGAGUCAGAAAAUCUCUUAGAAGGUCAUAAACUAAUGCAGGAUUUGGAAGGAAUUCGAGAUGAACUGAUGUUUGAAGUUUAUCGACAAAAGUCUAUGGAAGAUUUAGAUACAUUGCGUGCCUUUUUCCGUGAGCUUGAAAAUUUAAAUGACACGUUUAGACACAAAAUAAUUGUUCUUGGAUCACGUUUAACUAGUGCCGUAAUUACUCACAAUCGCUUUGUAGUUAAUUGUGUACGUGUUAUUGACCGUGAAGAGAGAACUGAUGCUAAUUGGAGGAAACGAUCAGAGAAACAUGGUUUUAUGCCAGAUGGACGACCGAAACAAUGGAAAAAACUGUUAUUUGACAGUAUAUUUAAUACUAUAAAAAAUAAGGUGUUCGGAAGCGCUCUAGACAAUGAAAAUGAUAAAAAUAAAUUAGUUCGACACAACGAAGCCAUUAGACAGCAUACACUAGCAGAUUUAAAGAUAGCAAAAAAUAUAUGUCCAACAUAUUUUCCAGCAGAUUAUGCUAUAUUUGAUCGAUUUGUUGAAAUGUAUCAUGAAGCUAUUGGAAUGCAUGUUGAAAGUUUAGUACUUGAGGGUCUGUCUGAUACAGAGAUUGUACAACUACUUGGUUGGAUAAAUUCUUAUCAUACUGAAGAAUUCAUGAAAAAUCCUUUCAUGAAUAUUGACUUUAAUCGACUGAAUUUAAGACAUCCAAUUAAUUUGUUACCUGAUGAAAAAUUAAAUUCACUUCGAAAGCAAUAUGUUUCUAAGACGAUUGAACGACUUAAAUCAUGGUUAGCAAAUUCACUCUUAAAGGAUACUUCUGAUUGGCAACGUUCAACUGGGCCUGAAUUAGAUGGAUCUUCUAAUUAUUUUACCGAUUUGCCUGUAUUAGUCAUGACACCUAUCAAUGAAAUGAUUGGUAAAGGUAAUUUAUUGCAUUAUCUGGGCAAUGCUGUAAGAGAACAAUUUUUUACUCAAUGUGUUGAAGAGAUGGCGCUUUUUGUGAAAGAUUACGAUGAUGAUAUUAAAAAGUACCGAGCAGCCUACAUACAAGACAGAUCAAAAUUUCCAUGCUAUAUAGAAUACAUUUUAGCCAAUGCAAAUGGAGCAUGUAUGAUUGCGCAUAGUUUUGUCACAGUAAUUAUGGAUGAAUUGACUGAAGAUUCACAUCUUAAAGGGAAUCUGACAGCUAGGAUUAGUCAUUUGAAAUCAGAAUAUGAAAAAGUAGCUGAACAAUGGAUAGCUUAUGCUGAAGAAACCGUAUUCAUGGAUUUAAAUCGUGUACUAAGCGUGAUCAUGACAUCUCAAUGGCUACGCCCGGAUGAUAUGACAACACAAUAUCUGGUUGGUACAUUAGCCGAUUAUGACGAAACAUUGAAGCAUACGAGACAAAAUUUAUAUGAUAAAUUAGCUGAAAAAUUGGCUGAACGAAUGUUAAUUGAAUAUUUGAAAGCAUUAAUAAGCCGACGAAGUCCACUUUCUACAGAAUCUGAUAGAAAAAAAGCUGGUGAGAAAAUCACACGAGAUGGACAUGAUUUAAAGAAUUAUUUUGAAGAGAAAAUGAAAGUGAAAAGUGAAGUAAUUGUGGCAUACGACGCUUUAACAACUAUCGGUCAGUUGUUCCUUACUACUGAUACAUCAAUGUUACCCUUGGAUAUUGCUAAUUUGAAACGUCAAUUUCCUGAUGUUCGUUCCGAUCAAGUUUAUGCCUUGCUUGUUGCUCGUGGAGAUGUUACAUCUGACAAUGCUAAAGGAAAGUAUUCAAUUUUUCUUGUGGGUUGUUUUCAUUUUAGCUUCGAUUGUAGUUGGCUGUUUCUCACUGUGGUUAAAUGGUAUUUUAUCGAGGUUGUGUGGUGAAGAACUGUGGAAUCCAAUAGAUGCAUUUCACCUCAUUCGAGAUUCAUCAACUGGAUAUUCCUGCAUCUCUCAGUGAUGUUCACUUGGAGAUUCGAACCCAGCUUAAGUAUCAACAUUUUAUUCGUUGAGUUGCUGAUUCCCAUUACUUACCAGGCCUCUCGUUAGAUAUUGACUUGUGUUGCCAUCGUAUCCCAAGUGUCUUGGAUAAUGGCUUCCUUUCCUUGUGAUUCAUAGAAGUUCAGCUAAUACUAAAGUUACUCGCUUAACAAUCGCAACGCUAACGAGAAUAAUUGUACCUGAUACUACUCCAUUAUUCGGAACUUCUAGAUACAAGUAACUGACAGCUGUUAAUCUUUAUUAAUAUAGAAAAAGUAUCCACUGAUUCAAUACAACUCUCAUAAACCAACAAAACGAAAUGAUGGCUAUACAACAUGCGUCUAAACUCCCAAGGUCAUCGAUGGUGACACUACGCAACGGAAAACGGAGAUUGAGUGCUUUGUUCUUAGCCUUGAGGUGCGUUGCGAAGAGGGUAGGGUUAUAGAAGAGAAACAACAAAAUCAGGCAAGCUAUAGGCACAAACACAUACGUAAGGUGCAACUACUCACUCCAAUGCUGUCUACUUGAUAAAUUGAUCCAAGAUUGUAAUGCACUCCUUAUUGCUAGCUGCAUUUUCCUGGGAUUCAUUAUAUAACAAUCGGCUACGGCUUAGAAGUAGUUUCUACAUGUUUCUUCAACUUUUAGCUUAUCUAAUUUCGUGGUUAGAAUUUUCUUAUUACUUUUCAAUCGUAUGUGAGUACUAUCACAACCGAUUUUCGUUCCAAAAACCUAUGAGCUUCAGUAAUGCUGCAUUCUAUUGUUCAAUAGCUUGACCGUUUUGUCAGGCAUUUCCUGGAUACUCGGACAGGUGGGGUGAGUUAGCAUGUUUAUCCAUACUCAGAUGGUUCGGCAUUCUUAAUGUCCAUUGAUACCCAGUGAGUACCGAUAAGGCGAAGAUUCCAUACUAAACCACAAAUACUCCCGAGUCCCGGUUAAAACUCAGUGUUGAGUAGUAAUUGUAAUUUUUUUCUGAAAGCCAGUACAUAAUGCACCCCAGUUUACAGGCGUCAUCAGGUUGACACAAAUUGUUAGGUAAGCCUUAAUCCACUUAAUCUGAAUAAACAUAGAUUUCAAGUAACUUCCGGGACGAAUUUAAAUUAGUGAGUAUUGAACAAUGAGAGCUGUAGGGAAUGUAAAUGACUCAGUGUACUGGUUUCGUAGCAUAACAUUUAUUAUUUGUUUCAUGUUCAAAGAUGAUGUUGCUUUUAGUUUACAAACUGCCACUACUGAACAUUUGGAUGCUCUUAGAAUAAAAUAUGGUAUAUAUUCUCCAUAGAUGGUACUCAGAGUUUCCUAAGCAUGACUUUCCUAAACUAACGCACCUACUGCUGGGUAUACACUUUCUUGAAGGAAAGCAAAGAAUACAAAUUUAGCGGUACAGAGUACAGGCUCAUAUCUGGAUAUCUAGUAGCUUGUGAGACUGUCAAGAUUUGAGAAGCUAGCAACAAAAACGUCCACCUUGUAUGCUACAAUUAUUACCACAGUUGUAACGGACUCAAUUACUUUUUUCGCCUUUUAGCAAGUCUAACGGUAUGUCGUGAAUUGAUUUCUCCUGGGGAUGACAUAUAACAAAAAAAGUUUCUGAAGGAUGGUGAGAUGUAUGUUAUACCGUCCGUGUUCUUUUAACUUACUCAAUGUGGUUCCUUAGUUUACUGUGAGAUAUCUCUGUGAUGCUUAGUAUUGCAUUUGAAAACUACUAGCUUAGUUUACUUGCCUGAAAUUAAGUAUAAGAAUAGGCCUACCUCGCCUAUUUUAAAGGGUCCCUGCUCUUAUAUACCACAUCGUCUAAGGUAGCUCUGAACACAACCCAUUCUCAAAGUUUCCUCUAUGGGAUAGCUCUGUACUCUUUGGGUUUCAACCGGUUUACAUGAAUAAUCAGCAACCAUCAAGCGGACAUACACUACAUAUGAUAUUGCCCUAGACUUACGCUCGUACAGUUUACAAAUAAUGCGCCAUUAGUUUUCGUGCCUUCAAGCUGACUAAGGUUUCUUGUUCUUAAAGUGUUAUUUCAUUUGAUUAUCCCACGCCAAAGUCUAAGAUAGUAUUUCUUGGAUAUUGGUUUCUCAUCUAAUUCAACGUAGUCUCUAGUUUCAGCAUUCGAUACAGCCACAUUCGUUAAUGGUAAAUCAGUGUUAAUACUUUUUACUUCGUACUGCGACGUGGUAUAGGCUGCCAGUUGAAAUUCGGGGAACAGAUACUAUGAACCACUCGCGAUAUAAAUGGACUUCUGAGUGACUAUAAGGGAUUGCUUAAGCCACCAGUUUACUUGGACUUUAUUUCUUUUGUAAUUUCCAUAACACCAAAAUACCUUUAUGUACUCACUUUUACACUAAAAUAAGUCUACUAAUCACUUUAAAUACUUGUCUUGUGGUCGCUUUAGAAAUUAUCUGACUAUUCGAUACCCGACACAGAGUGUAGUCCAUGAAUAUCGGAAGCAUGUUCUAUUUAAAUAGACAAAUAUAUACUAUGUAGUACAAUAUAAUAAGUAUAUAGAGCGAUCUACGAAAGCUGUAUAUAGUUCUCUGGUCACUUCUUGUUUGGCGAUAUAUGUCAUGACUAAGAAGAAAUCUAUUCACAACAUAUUAUUAAACAUAACGAUCGGUAAAAACCGUAAUUCAAUCUACUACAACCGUGGUUUAAAUUAAGCGGACCCCUUUGUCUUCGUGCUUGCCUCCUUCUCAUUUUACAGCAUCGUUUUCUUGUUCGUUGGUCAAAGACUGUCCUUUAAAAUAAAUAUGUCCAGCUUCUGCAUUUGUCCCCUCUAGCAAGUCGUGAUUGUAAUUUUUACGAGUUUAAUCUUUCACUGAGACUGGCACAUAUAGUUCGUGACUGACAAAUUCCAGAAUUAGGAAACAGGAGAGCAAUAUGUUUAUUACUGUUCAUUAUUCAGUCAUCUCAUUUUUUAUUGUUCGGUUGCUCCUUUUAUUAUGCUUAUUUUCAAUUCUCAUUGAAACUCUUUGUACUCAUUUACUUUUUGAUUGAGUGGAUCAGCCUUAUUGUCACUAUAUUCGGUCGAGCAUCUAACAGAAAGAGAAUUGUGGUAUUCUGGUAUCAAACCCAUGCUUAAAUGUAUUUUCAGUUUAAAAUAUAUGGUGUUAAAUGUUCGAAUUUAUGCCUUUGUGUUAAGUUAUGAAAGCGUUAUCAUAAAUUAAAUUACUUACGACAAGUAGUAGCAUUUCACUUUGAGACCAUUGUGUGAACUCGAAUUUUUCAGUUGUAUCUAACCAUAACACUGUGAUGUACUUUCUUAGCUUUCAGCGGAUUCUCAUUACGGAAAAGAAUUGUCACAGAAGCCAUCACCGUUCGCAAUUUUCACACGAUUAGUUGUCGCAAUGGACACACAUUAGUGCUCACUUUCUGGCGGAAAGAAAUAAUGUCAAGUUUAUCAAUUUCGGGACUGUUUUUUUAAUCCUGUUAUUCUUAUCUUUAUAAUAUAAUCACUGAAUUACUUUCUAC